CGAAAGGGGGGGGGAGGACCAGGCAAGGCAGCAAGCAGCAGCUGGCAAGGCUGUGCCCGCAGGGAGAUGGGAGGCAAGAGAGAGGGCCAGAGCGAACGGAUUGGCACCAGGGUGGAGGCUGGCGCGCCGCGUGCAAAUCUCUCUCUUUCUCUCUGAGAUGUGUGCGAGGGUGUACGGCGCUUUUCGCGUGCUGGCACCGUGCCCCCCGGCUCCGCUCUCUCCGUUUGGCAGCAGCUGGCAGGUGGCGAGGUGUGGGGAGGCAUGGAAGGGGCAGGAGGAAGCCGAAGGAAGGGAGAGGAGAUGGAGCCGGCCCCUCUCCCUCUUUUCAGACUGGCACACCUGUGACCAUCUGAAGUUGGCACCGAGUCAAAGCCGGUUGGGGCUGGCAUCACCCGCACUGGCACGUGAACAGAGUCGCUGAUCUUGGCACUGCGGCAAACGGCGGGGAAGGAGAGGAGAAUGAUAAGUCGCUGCCAUCCCUGCUGCCUGGGCACAGCCUCGUCGCGGCAGGCGGAGACCCUGGCGGGGCACGGAAGGACGUGGCGCACGGGGAAUGGGGCAGACCGAGCGGCGUUUGGUCGGGUAGACAUCUUCCUUUCUCCUGCUCCUUUCCAUCUAUCUGUCUGUUUUCUCUUUCUCAGUCAUAUCGAUCUGCCGCCGUUGAACGGAUGUCUGCAGGUCAAGACCAGGAGCUCAGAAGAUCUUCAGUCUUCAGCCAACCUUCUUCGUGGACCAACAAGCGCAUUCUUCUCGCUUUCUGUGCAUUCUUCUGGCCGGCGAUCCUCUCUGCCGGGCGUCGACAUGGCGUCGGGCUCCGAUGGCGGCGAGGAGGCGGCGGCGGAGUCUCCGGACUCCCCGGUCGGGAAAGAUUCCGCCUCGGGCUCCAUUGAGGUGGAGCAGAAGUUCCUUUUCGGGCCUGACGCCGUGCAGAAGCUGGAGGCGCUGGGCGCGAUGCCGGAAGCCAGCGUCUCCUUCCGCGACCGGUACUACGACAUUCCCGACUGGCGCCUCACGCUAGCAGAUCAUUGGCUCCGGCAGCGCGAAGGGGCUGGCUGGGAGCUAAAAUUCCCCCUGCGGCCACUAGAGGGCGCCGCCACUAGCCAGGGGCAGCAGAACCUUCCGGAACCGCCAGCUGGAGCCCGGAGCCACGAGCCGCAGCACCCGCUUCAGCCACCAGAGGGAGCUGGCAGGACACACCUGGCCACGCAAUACCAGGAAGUGACCUGCCCCCGAGACAUCGUGGCCCGCGUCUGUGGCCUGCUGGGCGUGGACCCGGCCGCGGGUUGGCAGAGCAACGUGGCCAGAGCCGUGGAGGAGCUGGGCCUGCAGGAGUUUGCCAGCUUCGUCACCCGGCGGUGCAAAUACCGCCUGGCCAGCCUCCACCUGACGGUGGAUCUCGACGAGAUGGACUUUGGCUAUGCCGUGGGAGAGGUGGAGGCAAUGGUUUUGCGGGAGCAGGAAGUUCCAGAGGCUCUGGAGAGGAUACAGGAGCUGGGAAGUCGGCUGGGCCUGGAUAUGAAAUCCCCGAUUCCUGGCAAGAUGUCUGUCUACCUGCUUAAAUUCAGACCAUCACACUACGAGGCCCUCAUGAGAGCUAGGUCGCUGAGGAAAGUGAGAGCUGCAACGGAUGAGGAGGGGAACUGACUGGGGCUGGAGAAACGGGGCUGGGGGCUACGCUUCGGGCAAGAAAGGAAGUCCGCUACCUGAGCCGAGAGGACAAUUCGGACCACGUUCCUCCCACCCACCCCUCCUUUCUUCCCCCUCUGCCAAACCAUCCAACUCCACCCAACAUCUGGAAUGGCUUUUGACACCCCGCAGCAGUCGGGAGCCUUGCGUGACAUCACAGCAGGUCAGCCAAUAGCAGCUGGGCCUGGGCAGAGGGGCUCCCUGCUGCGAAACAGCCAGCCGUUUGCCCUGUUACACAAGAACGGAGAAUGCGUUGAGAAGAAAUUUAUUCACGCUGAAAGCUCAAAGGCUGUUCGAUGGAGAGCGGCAGGGGGCAGGUUUGAGAGAUGGGGGUGAGGGGAGGGAGAAAGGAAGUAGGAGGGGUACGCAGUGUGGCCUCGCUCAAGCUGGAACACACCCACAACCCAGGGGCUUGGGGCUGCC